AAACAUAAUAGAUAAAAAUGACAAACAAUGCAAGGGAAAAUUGAUAGAAAUAUUAUAAAUCGGACUUAUAAACAUUACAAAGUAGGUUGACAAACAUCACAAAUCCAGCACUGGCGCCGGAAAAUUCCCAUCCUCCGUCUCCGAUCUUCGGAAAGCCUCCUUAGUCGUUGCCAGAAAGCGUCACUGAAACUCACUCUCGCUCUCCCUCCCUCCCCGUGACCAAGGUGGGUAAUUGAAAAGUUCCCACUUCCUUCCUCCCACGCGAAAAGCAACGGCGGAUGGUGGAAGGGAUGGGACGAGCCAAAUUUCCUACCGGCAAAGAGAUUUAUUAAAUUAUUUAAUAAUUGAAACUAAAAAAUGUAAUGUAAUUACUACAUUACCCUUCAUUAAAGUAGAUUAAUAUCAACCAUCAUAUUUAAAUGAUCUUAAAGGGUUGAGAUUUACUUAGUCACAUGACUAAGGAAACCCCCCUUAGUCACAUGAUCCUAGCCCAUGGGCCGAGGCGUUGGAGUUAAGGAUUCCCCACCCGAAAUCUUAGUUGGCAUGAGCUGCUUUUAAGAGCACUGUGUGAGCAAUUCAUAAUCGGUUCAACAGACCACAAACUAUAUCCAUCAAAAUGAACUGACGAAAAAAUAGAGAAUACAAUUACAUAUCUCCACGUUGGUGAUUCAAUUAGAAGGUUGAGGAAAACAUAAUGCACAACUUGUGUUUUUGUUUUUCUUUUAUCUGGUUCAAUGUUUACAGCACUGACUUUUAAUUUAGUAAAUAAUUGCAAAGUAAAUGAACACUGAUUGAACAAAAAGGGAAAAGGAGUAUACAAUAAUCUGCGUUGAUGUUGAAUCCAUAUGGGAGGAGUGGGGAAUCCAAAAUGAGAUGCUCUUGGUUGUCGUCCUCUUGCGCCUAAGUUUGGUAAAGAGCGAAUAGGGAGCAAGAAAGGAUAAGGUUGAUGACCGACGUCCGACACGCGAACCGCAACGACGUCGGCAUUAGGCACGCCAGCGUGAAAUCUGGUGUUUGUGAACCCCUCCUCCGCUUUGGCGUUUUGGAUCUCAUGUUGUCAAACUUUGGUUCGAAGAACCUUUGGGAAAUAGAGUUUAGGAAUACAGAAUACCCCAAUGCUGUAGUUAACCUGCAAGGCUGCAACCGCGAAACCCUCCUCACAUAUCCCCAUCAGCACUAACUUUCAGGUGCUUCCCCAAACCUCUAACCAUUCCCAAAAAAAAAAUGUCCCUUCCAUUCAUCCUAAUUAUUUGGAGUGCUAUUAGGCUUAGGCCUUGUGAAAUACAACAUUGGGCCAAAAUCAAACAUUCGUAAAAGCUUAUUGGGCUUCGUUGGUGGACUCGUUAGAAGGCUAAUUGACGAGGUCCGAAACCGCCUAACGACAGUGUAUCUGGGCUGGAAGACAACAUAAUGCACAACUUGUAUUUUUGUUUUUGUUUUAUCUGGUUCAAUGUUUACAGCGCUGACUAUCAAUUUGGUAAACUAAUUGCAAAGUAAAUGAACACUAAUUGAACAAAAAGGGAAAAGGAGUAUACAAUAAUCUACGUCGAUGUUGAAUCCAUAUGGGAGGAGUGAGGAAUCCAAAAUGAGAUGCUCUUGGUUGUCGUUCUCUUGCGCCUAAGUUUUGUGAAGAGCGAAUAGGGAGCAAGAAAGGAUAAGGUUGAUGACCGACGUCCGACACGCAAACUGCAAAGACGACGGCAUUCGUCACGCCAUCAUGAAAGGCGCUUGUGAACCCCUCCUCCGCUUUGCCGUUUUGGACCUCAUGUUGUCAAAAUUUGGUGCGAAGAACCUCCGGGAAAUAGAACUUAGGAAUACGGAAUACCCCAAUGUUGUAGUUAACCUGCAAGGCUGCAACCACGAAACCCUCCUCACAUAUCCCCACCGGCGCUAACUUUCAGGUGCUUCCCCGAAACCUCUGACCAUUAUGGGGGGAAAAAUGUUCCUUCCAUUCAUUCUAAUUAUUUGGAGUGCUAUUAGGCUUAGGCCUUGUGAAAUACAACUGGCGGCGAUGGAGGUGGUGGGUCGUCAUUGGUAGGGGGUGGUUGCUAGGAGUCCGAUGCAGCCCAUUACAAACCAAACGUUGCACAACCCUACUCAUACUUAAGAAAAAUAUUCAAGCGUCCCAAAUAUUACUACAAAUCUUCCUGAAAUAACUAUAGAAAAUAAGUAAAUAACUCACAUGCCAAUUGGCAAUUGCCAUCCUCGAAAUGGUGACAAAAUAGCAAAACCUAGCAUGCACUUCAGCUCUAUUGCUAGUCUUAUUGGAACUCGGUGAUGUAGGACUUAGCUUUUGGCAUGCGAGUAGCGGACAUUUGUAUCAUUAUUUUACUAAUAUUAGUGUUUCUGAACUAUAAUUUUUUAGGAUUGACAGAGAAGUCAGGGUGUGGAAAUGUUCGGUCCAUACCAGAUCAAACUGAUACUUAACCGGACUUCAUCAAACCGAGUAUAAUAUGGCCCAGUCCUUGGUCCUACGAAGCAUUGCCCCGACAUCCGACGCUAGAAGGCGAGAGCUUCACUCCAAAGCAUCACAAUCCAAUGUCAUUAUUGGACUAAAGGAGGCACAAUCUGAAUCUGAAGAGUGUUUUGUACUAAAACUUCUCUGAUGGCUUGUUGUUAUUGUGAUUCUUGGAAAACUCUCCUACAAAUUCCAUGAUAUGAGCGGUAAAUUUUCAUCUAGAUCAACAUCAAAUUUCCAGUCUUUAUUGGAAUAUGUCAGGGCUGGAGGGAGGAGGAGCUGCAAACUUAACAACUCUCAAGAGACGUUAGCUGCUGCAAUACUCUACCUUCAACAGGGUGCUAUGCAUGGAUAUGGAUUGCUUAGCAACCCCAUCAACUAUAUCUGCACUCUGUCUUCUACUUUUCUGCCAUACCUCUCAAAUUUCAGGUAUGUGUCCCUCUGGACAUUCUGGUUUCAAGAUAUUUAUUUUAUAGAGAAUAACUUACAUUAGGAGUCGAACAAUGUUCAUAUUGGCUACUGACUGUGAACAAGAUGUUGUAUCAUCCGACGAGUCACUCAUGGUAUCACUGUGCUCAAAAGUCUGUUUUCCACCUAAAGCCUACCCAGGUUGGAGAUGGUAAGCCAUUCAUUCUUGACCACAUUGUGCUUAGUGUUCUGGCCAUGUUGGAAAUACAACUACUGUACCUACUACUUGACUGGAAGUUGUGUAUGAACCUAACGAGUGCCCUUUGCGUUUAUUGUUCUCUAAACAUGUCAUACUUUCAACCAUGGAAGGAUGUUUUAUCUGAAGAAAUUGAUUCGAUGAAGAGGGUGAAGGAAUAUCAUGCAUGUCAGAUGCUUAACAUGAUUAUCUCAAAUGCCUUGGGGAAGAAACCAUUAGAAUCGUGGGCUUUAUCAUGUCAAGACAUAGAGAAGUCGGGUGUAUUUGAAUGGGAAAGAAGUAUGAUCGAAGACAGAAUCAUGAAUUUGAUCUAAUUGUUGUGUAAAAUUAUGUAGUUUAGUAGUUGUCACACUAGUCUGAAAAAAUCAGUUUCAAUGAAAAAAUGUUUUGGUU